UCCUGGCAGGGCAAAUUCAGCCCCUUGGGGGAGGAUCAGGGCUCGGGGCCCUCCCUGGCCGAGCCUCGACACCCCCGGAGCCUCCGGAUGGGGCCGGGGCCGGAGCCGCAGGUGGCCGCGGUGGCCGCUCGUGGCCGGGCCCUGCUGGCCCUGCUGGCCUUGGCCGAGUCCCUGGCGGCUCCGGCCUCCGUCCCCCCGGCCCUGAGCGAGGCCGAGGCCGCCCUGGGCCGGGCUCUGGUGGCCCAGAGGGACCUCGAGGUGGCCCAGGAGGCCGCGCUGGCCCCGCCGGUGGCCGCGGGGCCCUCGGGGGAGGAAGACGAGCGGCGGCUGCGGCUGCUGGCCCGGCUGGCCCAGGCGGCGGCCGCGGCGCUGGAGAGCGAGGAGAGACGGGCAAGGAACCGCCAGAGGUGGCUACGGGCAGGGCACGGGCUGGCCCUGGCACUGAUGGUGCUGUGCGGGGCUGUGUUGUCGCUGGACCGCGCGCGCGCCGCCCUGGGGGUGGCCGACGAUUGUCACCUGCUGCUGGCCCUGGCGGCGGUGGCCGCGUCGUGCGAGGUGGCCCGGCGGGCCCUGGCGACAUCGCGGCGACAUUUGGCCACCUCGGCGGGCCGGCAGCGCGACACGGCCCGGCGGCUGCGACAGCGCGCGCGGGAGGUGGCGGCCACCAGGGCCAGCGCCGAGGCCACCGCGGCCACCGCCGGGGCCACCGCGCUGCUGCUGGCGCGGCUGGAGGAGGCCACCGACGCCUUGGGGACAUUGGUGGCCGCUGUCACCCGCGACGCCGCCGAGGGGACGCCCGGGGGCUUCCCCUGCGCCGCGCGCGCCCUCGGCGACAUCGCGGUGGCCUUGGGGACAUCGGGGGACGGGCACGAGGAGGUGGCGCGGAGGCUGCGGGUGGCGCUGGGGGCGCUGGAGGGGAGCGGGUAG